UGGAGUCAGCCUCGCGAUUGGCCGGAGGGGGAACAGAUCCCGACCCUGGGGACUGACACCACACCCAUCUGUGAGUGUGUGUGUGUGUGUGUGUGUGAGAGAGUUGUGUGUGUUGUCCAGCACAUUGUGUUUCUUCUUCUUCUUGUUCUUAGUAACUGAAGAGCUGCUUGCAGAUUCUCAGAACUGGUUGACGUCAUCAUGGAUGUUAUGGCGACUCCACCCCCUGCAGUUCUGCCGUCGUCUGAAACCCCGCCUCCUUUAACUGAGGUUGUGACCUCAGUGACGAAGGGCAUCACCGUGGACGAUGGACUUUUUGCAGCCUUAAUUGGAGGGGCCGUUGGUGCAGUGCUGCUGCUGCUAAUCUGCACAACAGCGGUGUUGCUGUGGUGUCUGUCCAGACAUAAAGGCUCGUACGUCACCAACGAGAUGGACGGCGACGAUAUCGAUGACACCGACGACAAGUCUGACGAUUCUGAUGCGGCGCUCCAGAGCAGGGAACCUCUGAAGAUCAAAGAGGAGGAAUAAAGGGGAACAAAGCAAGAAAACUUGUAAAAGACGGACUUGAGUUGUGCUGUCGAAGGACUUUGCAGCUUUGCAGCUUUGUUACACUGAGGAGACAGAUUUUUCAUUUUCAUUCAAAAUCAAAAUAUCAUUUUUCCAAAGUAACCAAUUUCCCAAAGCUGCACGAAGCAACUUUGCACAUUGCUGCCACCAAACAGCAGCAAGAUAUAACUGUUUGACACGUGAGGCUUCACUUCCCAGAAUAAUGUCACUUUCCCUGUAAAGCAGCACCGGCCAUUUCAUUUCAGUGACAUUGUUGGAUAAAACAUAACCCUCAUGAAAGAUUUCUUGCUGAACCAAUUUCUAAUGUCGAUAUUCACAUAACAGCUCUUGCUAAUGUGACUAUUUGUCAGGGGAAACAUCUAAAAAGACUCAAAACAUACACGAGGGACCACGAGAGAACUUGAAUUAUGCUGCAGCUGCCAAACACCUCACUGAAAUUUGGUAUGACAUUAUACAUUACCUGAUUUUUAUUGCUCAGCAGUGAUCAAAAAGUCUGCCCACCUGUAACACAACUAAACAUACCACAAACACACACUGCUAUUGAUCUUUAAACCAGCUGAUUUUUGUUUCACGUCUUACUCCGUUCAAAAACAUCCACCACUUUAUUCAAAUCCCAGGCUGAAUCAUAUCUGCCACAGUGGCAAAAUCCUCCAGGGGGCAUAAGCAUGCCACUUUCUCAGUUUGGUUCCUGAUGAGUAAACAAUGUAGAUACCUGACGCUGAUAAAAGCUUAUAACUGGCAGAAAAAAGUCGAGUUGUAGCACUGAGUCUGUCGUUCCCACCAGUGACGUCCUGAGAGCAGAACUUAACUUCCAGAAAUUGAGAAUCUGCAGCACUUUUCACCCUUUCUGACUGAUUCUCCCAAGAUGGUUUGUUUAAAUACACCCAGUGCAGCUUUCAAUAACUUUAAACACUUAAAAGAACAUAUCAGCUUGUGCAGAAUAACCAGUGGCAUUUCCCGUUAAAUAUGAAGUCAUUUGUAAUUUGUAGAGAAAUCUUUUGCCUCUAAUUUUCACCAUUUCACAAUCUUCUGCAGGCUUAUUACAUACAUGUCUCAUGUACUGAAUCACAUGUUAAACACUCCACCUGCCGACUCAGAUGCUGCUGGUUUCUAAAGCUUCACAGCUCCUGUGACUCUUCCACCAGACGAAUCUGAUUUCUGCAGCCGAACAAACUUCCUGCCAAAGAGGCAGCGAGGCCAAACUAACUAACUUACCAGACGCUGGUAAACAUUUACUGGCUGCUGGUGAUUUUCCACCCUGGUUGUUUGCAAUAUUUUAAGCUCAUAACAGUGAGUGACUCUGACUAACAUACCACAUUGUUAUGAAUCAGCUGUGAGGAAUAAUCUGUGUGGAAACACUUGGCCAGGAGAGUUUAUCUGGUAAUUUUCCUGCCUGAAUUCAACUGUUCAACAGUUUGUUCAGCUUUUUUUUUUUUUUACUAUCAGAGCAUCUUUUUUUGUUUUUUUUUUUUUUAAAUAGAAAGAAAAGAUGAUAAAAUACGAGAUGAAAAGGCUUUUAGAGGUCCAAAACACCAAAGAGAAAGUCAAUACUUAGUUGCAAUAAUUAAUUGUUUUCUACAGCUAGAAAUAGAGUGGAAGAAGAAUACUAUCCUGUCAUAUCUGUUUUACAUAUUUGUUUACACAUUUUCUCAUUAAAAUCUCUUCCUGAGUAGUUUUAACUAACAAUUUAUAAGAAUAAAGUUUACAGUUACCUUUA